AUGCUUGAUGAAGUUGAAUUUUAUGAAUUCAGCGAAUUCGAAAACUCCGAAUUAAUUGGUGUCUGUGCUUAUGGGUUGUGUUAUCGUGCAUUUUGGUCUCGAAAAGAAAUCGAAGUAUCGCUUUUUGCAUUUGAAGACUGGUCGAAUGCAUUUAAUGACUUUGACACAUUAGCGAAAAGAAAACUCGCAGAAAAAUUGAAUCAUCGAAACUUGUUAGGAUUUUUAGGCUAUGCACAUGAUACCGAUAUAUUUAGAUUAUUUUUGAUUAUGGAAAAAUGCGAAAUAUCUCUUGCGCAAUAUUUGAAAAAGAACGAAAAUUUAUUGAAUCAAGAUUUUGCGAUCUCUUUAGCCAAAGAAAUUGUUUCUGGUCUAAUUUAUUUGGAAGUACAUGUAGAUCAGAAUUUGAAUACGAUGAAUAUUUGGAUGGAUAAAAAUAUACCGAAAUUUACCUACUUGCAUUUGAUUCAAAAUCCUCUCGACAUCCCAGAGAUAAAUGCUUACGAAUAUCUCAAAUUUAUCGAUCCAAACUUCAUCAAAGAUCCAGAUUUUGUUUGCGACAAAAAAUCAAACAUAUUCAGUCUCGGUAUGAUUCUCGCGUCACUUGCUGGAAUUUCAGUGUAUGAUUCUGACGAUGCAGAACAAUUUAUGAUCGAUGUUUAUAAUGAAAAUUUUCAUUGGAACACUGAUAGGAUAUCUGCCAAAUAUGUUCAGCUCUGUCAACGCUGUUGCACAUCGGAUCCGGAUUUAAGACCAAGUCUUAGUGAAGUGCUUUUCACACUCGAAAAUUUAGGAACAUGUAUUAAUCAUGUUAGAACAAACGCGUUUGAAUUAAAUGUGUAUCCUCAAGAAACAGAAAUAUUGGAGAAAUCGUCCGAAUCAAUACUUCCUUCCUUUAUACAUUUAGCAAAAGUUCUCACGGAAGGUGAAUACGAUAUCCUGGAGAGCACCUUAAAGACAUUUGCUAAUUACACAAGAAUUUAUGGAGACGACAAUAAAGUACUCAAAAAAAUAGAAGAACAUCUCGCAGUAUUAAAGCAACCUCUGCAUGAUUUUAUAUAUAUAUUGAAGAAAUUACGUUUCCUACCGAAAUGUGCCUGCUUACUCGGCUUCUUUAAUCAAGUCGGCACUACAAUUGAUUAUGACCAAGCAUUUUAUUGGUACAAAAUCGCAACAGAUGGAAAAGACGAUUUUGGUGCAAAUCAGCUAGGAUAUUGUUAUGCAAAAGGUAUAGGCAUAAACUUCGACGAAGAAAUUGCUUAUGAAUGGUUUAAAGUAUCCGCGAAAAGAGGACACCCACAAGGAAUAUCAAAUACAGCGCAUAGACUUGAUGAACGGGAUCAGAAAAAGGUAUUCGAAAUGUAUUAUAGCAUCGCGAAAAUCGGAUAUUUAACUGGACAAGCAUGUACUGGUUCUUGUUAUGCUCGUGGUUUCGGCGUUACGAUGAAUCAUCGAAUCGCCGCCUAUUGGUAUAAAAAAGCUGCUGAAGGUGAAGAUGUGAAUGGAGAAUAUUAUGUGAUUGCUAAUCUAAAGGAUGGAUACGGGACAAAAGUAGAUGUGCACGAGGCAAUCCGAUGGUGUCGAAGAUCAAUAAGAAAUAGAAAUCAAUACGCUGAACAAUCUUUGGCAAAAAUUUUCAAAUAUUGA